CACACCUCCCUCUCACAUAUCAACCACUGCCCCACGAUUGCCCCUUACUGGAUCGGCCCUUACCAGACUAGCCACUCAUGUCCGUCAGUCAGCUUGAUCCAACCCUGUUAACACUUAGCCCAUUAAGUGACCGUUUGGCACCCCCUCCUCCUGGAAGUCAGGCAAGCGGCCCCGAUGUGACAGGCCUCACCCUUGCUUCCGACCUUUCGAAUGUAUCUGGAGCUCAAUCGCCUCAUCUCAACACAACGGCUGAAUUGGCUGGUGGGAAGAAGAAACGAUACCGCCGAACUCAGAAGGAAAUGGCAGCGUUUCGCUCAGAGCAGGCCAAUAUUAAAAAGAUCAAGGCCCUCGAAAAAGCGAAGGAGAAGCGGGCAAAAAGCCGUGGUCGUGGUGGUACUCGUCGUUUAACGCACACAUCGGCCUCGGAACAAUCACAGGCCAACUUAAAUCAAGGCUCGGCCCCGGUGACAUCACAGCCAUUGGUCCCGGACCCCAACCCUCCAUUCAACUCGGAUGACUAUGAGAAUGUGUGUUCGUACCUCGAGGAGGAAGCGAACUAUACUAGGCUCUAUGGCGAUGGUUCAAAGACAUCGGUUGGGAAGAAUAAGGUUACUAAGGGUGCGGCCUAUGACAUGUUUGCAAUCUUUAUCAACAGCAGUUCCAACCUUCGGCUUCGUCUGACUGGGAGCCAACUUCGCCAACGGAUCGAUGGGUACAAGAAGCGAUUCAUGAAGGCCAAAGACUUCGCCGAGAACACCGGGGCUGGAAUUGAAGAAGGCGAUGGCCUACCGACUCUCGCCGAGCUGCUCGAGAAGAAAUGUCCGUGUUAUGAACGGAUGUACGCUAUAUUUGGCGCGAAGGCGAAUGUGACCCCUUUGGCGCAGUUUGACUCCGGUGUAGGUGCCAACCUAUAUGCCGAUGCUUCGAACGUGCGGGACGGUGAAGAACCGACUUUAUCUCCGGAGGUCUUCUACUCGGGAUGGGAAGAGAGCGAAGUGGAUCAACCCCCUUCGGGUGCAAAUACCCCCGCGGCCGGCCUGGAUUUGACCCGCUGUCGAAGCGCGAUCGCUCACCUCACGAGCCUUAAUAUCCCCAACUCAGAUGCGGAGGGGGACCUGGACGAUGAUCUGCUCCCCCCGCCCCUGGACUUCAGUGGGACCGCGAUGGAUCCCUCGCCCAGCCUGAUGACUCAACGAUCGAUUGCACGGGCCACUCAAGGUUCUGCUAAUCCAGCGGCGUAUAGUGGGGCAUCGGUACCUUCGGUCUCCCAGUUAACCACUCGAGACCCAGGGGGUCCUUCCCCAGCAAACGGGGUUAGUACCAGCCGCCGCGCGUUUGCUAAUCAGCGAUCGACAGAAGCCAGCCCUGCGGGACCGGUCCGAGAGGUUAAUGGGAAACAGAAAACGACGUUGGCUAGUGCGUUCGAAAGCUCAAACACUGAGAAAUUUGCAUAUCUGAAGGCGCACAUGGAGUGGGAGAAGCAGAAGGAAGAUAACCGACUUCAGUGGGAGAAAGAACGAUACAAUAAGGAGGCCCAACGAGCGACCGAGGGGGCUCAAGGACUAGCUAAAUUGGCCGAAACAAAGUUGAACGCCGCACAGAUGUGGAUCAACCAAGGCAAAUCGUCGGCCGAGGUUGACCUCCUCUUGAAGGCAAUCUAUGGAUGAGGAUAUCUGAGGUUUGAUUUUAGCAUAGUAUUACGGAUUUGCACAUGGCUUGAUUACUCGGGUCGCUGGUCUGACCAAGCAGCCUUUAUUGGCCGGUCAGCUAGAAGUCAUCUGGAUCUUGUUUUCUCUGUUGAUUUCCUCUUGUUAUCUCUUUUGAUUUCCGUCUAUAUACCGGAAGGCUGGUCUGCCCAAGCUGCCAUUAGUGGCUCAUCAGCUGGAUUUUGUUCUCCGAUUUUGUUUUCCAUUUAUCUCAUCUGUCUGAUCUCAUGUCGCCCGGGCCGAGAUGUCCUAUGAUGUUACUUAACCGUUGUGCAAUGCGACUCAAAUCACGAGGCGGGGA